CAUCUUCACUUCGCAUCGCUCUCCCAUUCACACCCACACGAAACUAGCGAUAUUUCACUUCCUCUGCUUCGGCUUCGCUCUGAGUCUCGACUCGAGUCGACCAAUACGCCACGAGAUCGAGCAACAGCAUUACAGGAAUUGGAGAUACUAAAUUUUUUGGAUAUAAAUGCUCCAGCAGUGGCCCUCGACGUCCUCGACUUUAUGGACUCUAUCUCAGGGUGGUUCCUGCCCCAGUCUGAUGGAGCAUAAGUGGCUUAAUUUGUCAGUUUUAAGGUCAUAUACUCUUGGGUUGAAGUUGGAAAAUGUACAACACAAAAUUUUUGGUCGGCGAAUCAAGAGAACGUGCCUAUGUGCCAGUCAAAGGCCUAGACAAGAUUCAUCAGUCAAGAAAAAAGCAUUACCCCAAAAUGUCGAUCUUCCACCCGUACUGCCUAAGAAAAAGAAGAAACCCUAUCCGGUUCCUCUGAAAAAGAUUCUGCGGGAAUCGAGAAUGAACAAAAAGCUUGCUCAAAUGGGCAUAGAGAAGCCCCUUGAACCUCCGAAAAAUGGCUUGCUAGUACCUGGUCUGAUUCCAGUGGCUUAUGAUGUCCUGAAUGCCUGGAAAGUUCUGAUCAAAGGCGUUUCACAGCUCUUGCAUGUUAUUCCCGUAUAUGCUUGCAGUAAAUGCCCGGAAGUUCAUGUGGCUGAGACUGGCCAUAAAAUUCAGGACUGCCUAGGUUCAGCUAACUCAAAGCGUAGAAGCUUCCACUCAUGGGUGCGGGGCUCCCUCAAUGAUGUUCUACUCCCUGUCGAGUCAUAUCACCUCUAUGAUCCUUUUGGAAGGCGUGUCAUGCAUGAGACUCGUUUUGAUUAUGAUAGAAUUCCAGCUGUUGUUGAGCUAUGCAUCCAAGCUGGCGUGGAAAUACCGGAAUACCCUUCACGUCGAAGAACCAAACCGAUCAGAAUGAUUGGAAAGAAAGUUUUUGAUCGAGGUGAGUAUGUAGAAGAGCCUAGGCCAUGGCGUUCUGCGGAUCUGUCUGCACUUGUUGCUUUCGAUACUCAUGGGGCUUGCGAGCGAUUCCCACCUCCUUUGUCGUCAGAGGUGCCUAGGAUAGCGCAAGAGACGAUUGAUGCAUAUCAGACCGUCCGAUCUGGUGUUAAGAGAUUGAUGAAGAAAUACACAGUCAAGGCUUGUGGGUACUGCUCAGAGGUUCACGUGGGGCCUUGGGGCCACAAUGCAAAGCUCUGUGGGGAGUUCAAACACCAAUGGAGGGAUGGUAAGCAUGGCUGGCAAGAUGCCAUACUGGACGAAGUUUUCCCUCCAAACUACGUGUGGCACGUGCAGGACCCGAAGGGACCUCCUUUGACGAGCGCCCUCAAGUCAUAUUACGGUAAGGCUCCAGCCAUCGUCGAAAUAUGUAUGCAGGCAGGUGCACAGAUACCUGUCAUAUACAAACCCAUGAUGAGGCUUGACAUUAUAAUACCUGAGUCCGAUGAGGCUCGCUUUGUUGCGUGAGCGAAUUAGAUGUUCGGAACUUCCGAAAAGUCAGGGCAUAGACACUCCUAUGGUUAUUGCCGAUGUUGUCCAAGCCUCCAGUUGAUCUCAAGAGGUAGGGAAAGCAUGAUCAAUUAACCAUGUUGAGUCGAGAUCAUGCGUCCCUCGGCUAUAUUUCGAGGAUCAGUUUGGGACAAGGAGGUGGUGAUUUAGGAUCAACCCGGAUUGUAGUGGGGUUCUUUAUCGGCGAUUUUCGUCCAUGAUAUUCAUGAUCGGCGUUCGAAAGUCGAAACUAUCGACUUGUGAUCACUCUUGGAAGGAAAAUUUCGAUCAAGGGGGCAUCUCUUAGCAUUGGACUGUGCUUGUUUAUGUAAAACAGUGCACAUUACUGCUUCCUGUAUUCACAAGCUACUGUAUGUGUAUGAGAUGCUUUUUGUUCUCUGUUACAAACAAAAAGAGAGCUCCUAUUUGUUAAGGGUUUUAUAUUUUCCU